AUGGUGGACUGCAUGACAAGCAUAGUGCUCGUUUUUCUGCUGGUGUUAAUUAAUGGAACCUCGUCUGCCAAGGUUUGCAACUCGUAUUCAGAGAAUUGGCAAUCACGAAUUGGUAUACUGAUUUCACCGAUAGUUACGGAAUCAAAGAUUCGAGAGAUAGAAAUUUAUUGGAACAACCUGAAGAUUGAACCUGGAGACACAAUUUCGCUUUACGAGAACAGUCUUUCGGGAGCUCCGGUUGUGAUAUACACGGUGACUCCAAAUAGUUCGAGUGGCGUUCAGAAAACUGGAAUUCUGGCGGAAUACGUACCUAGCUCGAAUCUGUCCUAUGUACCUAAGUGCUUGAAGUACGGAGUGGCAUGGAGUACAGAAAAUGAAGAGAAACGAAAGGAAUGUCUGAAAACAGAGCCCACUUGGAUGAAGGAGAGAAAAAAUAUAGUGGGUCCUUUAAAAAUGAGCCAAAUCUUUUUGCCUGGCACUCAUGAUUCCGCGUCCUACGACGAGGAAGGCAAUAAAAGAAGUAUAUUAGCGCGUUUCGCCGUAACGCAGGAUUUAGAUAUCCUUGGCCAAUUAAUACACGGUGUAAGAUACUUGGACAUAAGAGUAGGACGUUAUACUAACGACGAGAUAUGGUGGACCAAUCACGGGCCAUUUUAUCGUUCAGUCUCGUUAAAAACUGUCAUUGAUCAAGUGAGGCAAUUUUUGGAUAAUACCGAAGAAAUUUUGAUAAUGGAUAUUCGAGAAUUUGCCGUUGGAUUCACUAAUCUGUCGGAUCAUGAAGCACUGGUGUCAUACUUGGAAAAUGAAUUUCGGGAUUAUUACUUGGCAAAUAAUCACGGAUGGAAUAUUACACUAAAUGACAUAUGGUCUUCCGGAAGAAGACUAAUAAUCGGCUACGAAAACACGCGAAUCGUCGAGUAUCACGCUAGCAUGUGGCCUUGUGUUGCGCAUCAGUGGGGCAACGUGAGGAGAAUCGAGGAUUUGUACAAAUAUUUGCGUAAAAUUGAAAAUAACGACAGGGGCAGCAGAGUGAGGCCAAGAUCAGCUAUGGCGGAAUUGACAGCAACUUUAAAGGACAUUGUCUUUAAUACACUGGGAGACCUUCGUGAUAUGGCUCAUACUGUUAAUUCAAAUAUAACCAAUUGGUACAGUACCAUAUGGCAAUACAGCGCCAACAUCGUGGCGGUGGAUUUUCUUAGAAGCUCCGAUAUCGUUCGAAUUGCCAUUGAAUCCAAUGAAAACCGUCAUUUACAUUGUCGAUAUUAGUCACUAUUUGUUAUUGUGCAGUGCUGGAUAUUGAUGGAGUAUCCUAAAUUAAUAUAUAUUCUUGAAAUAAUUACAUCUGAUAGAAGCACGUUGGAGAAAGAACAGGCUUCUGAACAAUUGAAAAUCGGACGCGAGCCCCAAAGCGCCUCCACCGUGCUAGGCGGCGUUGAUCGA